AUGGACCCCACCACCCUCGUCACUUUCUUGUUCCGCGCUCCGCCAGAAGUCAGGACUGUCGAACUGAUCGGGUCUUGGGACAACUUCAACCAGCCAUAUCGAAUGCACCACGACCGUCGACGUGGUCAUGGCUUCUGGUCGGGAUGCUUCAAGUUCGACAACAUCAUCUUCGACGGCGAGCACAUGCAAUGGACCAAGCCGCGCAAUGGAGGGCUGAAGCAGGGCGGCACCUACUGGUAUUACUACCGUCUGAACUACGACAUCGAUGCCUUUGACGAUAGGCAACCUCAUACCACGGCGUGUCCACUCUUACCAGGCCAGAAUGUCAAUGUCAUUGACGUACCGAUUGAGAUCCAGGAAGUCCCGAGUCGGUGUCGCAGUGCAUACGGAGAUAUUAUUGGUACUCUGGUGGACCAUGAAGUUCAACAGACCUUGGACCCUGGGAGCAAGCUCGCUCCUGUCGUUCCUCCACCAAUAUCAAAGGUGCACUCACGAUGUCGGACGGAGGAACCACUGGACGGCAGGCUACAACGGGAUCAACAGCCACUCAUUGUCGUCGAGGACGCUGUCUCGCCAAUAUCAUCGUCGUGCUCACCGCGAGCCCGGCCUGUCUCGAAGCAAAGCAAGGCUUCCAAAAAGAAUGGAGAUGUCUCUCGAGCCAGUUCAGUCUAUUCCCAACGAAGCGCACUUUCCGCACCUGUCAGUGCGUUGUCGCCUUCUGAAGCCGAGGAUGCUGCAGUCGACCACAAGGACUUCGCCAAGGACCUGUUCCCGUACCCCAGUGUACUAGGAGCGGCACCGAUCGGAUCGCUUGAAGUCCUGGGUGCAGCAUUGUUCAAAUCCUCGGACAAGCUGCCUAUACCCUUCCAGGAGCCACCGCCCAUACCAGACGAACCAAUAAGGCAACACAGGAGGAAGCCAUCCGACAUCAGCUUGGGCCCAGACUCUGUACAAAACGUCCAAUUCUACGGCUCAAGACCUGGUACCAACCUCACCCAAGAUCCCGAACAACACCGUCCGCGAAUGUACUCUCUCCCCAACCUCGAAAUCCGCGACUACCAAGACAACAAUGGCCCACCGAGCUCACCCAACUCUUCCAUCUACUCCCCCCGCGAAUCCGAAGAUGUCGACGAAAACCUCACCCCAGGCGACUACACCGCCUCGAUCGACAUGACCUCCCCCACCUUCUCCGCCGCCACCAUCAGCACCGGCGGCGAAAACACCCCCUUCCGCCUUUCCGCCCAAAACUCUUACGCUGGCAGCACACAUGUGCCCCCGGACGCCGAACCCGACACCCACAACCUCGGCGCCAUCGCAGACCGUCUCCGGUCCCUCGACCGCACGGCCUCUGAAACGACCCUCCACCUCUCGACCGCCCACGAACACCCCCUGAGCAGCAGGAGGUUGAGCCCGGGGUUUGUAAAUUACUCCCUGCCGACGAUCGCUUCCGCCAGCGAGCACUCCCUGGCGAAGACGGCGUCGAACCCCAGCGCGCCGAGAUCUUCUGCGAGGGAAGGGGGGGAGUUUGGGGUGUCAUCGUCGACGACGAUGCCCGCGGUGUUUAGUGCGGGUGAGGGCGAGGGGAGGAGUAUGGCGGAGGAUAUCUUUUCGGAGUUGGGCUUUUAG